UUUGUGGAUAUAAUACUGGGCAGCAUCCGCAACCGCAGCAUCGUCAACUCCAAAGCUACAUAUACAACAACGAGAUCCCGAGAGAAUCAUCAAAACCACCAAGACAACCUCAAUACCAACCAACGAAACCACAUCACCAUGCCUACCUACAUUGUCACUUGCAAGGACGACGCCAGCCCCGAGCAGGUCGAAUCAGCCAAGCAGCACGCCAAGGACCAGGGCGGCAAGAUCACCCACGAGUACUCCCUCAUCAAGGGCUUCGCAGUCGAAUACCCCAGCGAUGCCGUCCAAACCCUAGAGAGCCAUGAGCACGUCAAGGCCGUCGAGGCUGACCAGGAAGUGAGGACGCAGUAG